CUUGAGCUGGCGCCGGGGAUAUGGUCAUCACCUCAACGGAGGGAGUAAGUGAUUAAUGCUGAUUUAUUUAGGGAGUAUAUACUCUGUAUAUCCGGACCGAAAGCCGCCCAUACAAUCAAUUGCUUCAUCAGACAUCAAUGGUUGAUAUCAUCGGGCAGGCUUUGUUCGGAAGAACUUUUUUUUUCCCUUUUUCCGUUAUUUGGAGGGAAAAAGCCGGUAGAGAAUGAGACAAUUUUCGAUGCAUGGGGCGACCGGGGAUGAUGGCUGAGGGUCGCUAAUAAGGGUCCACCGAUGAAAGAAUACUGCGUGCGCCCAAGGACUGGGUUGUUCGUUCACUUGCAAUUAAUAAAUAAGAAGAGUGGGGAGAGGCAUUUUUUGACUGUGGUGCUCGGUGAAGCCUGCAGGAGAUAAAGGCAGAGAAUGGCCCCGCAGAUUUGAGGCAAUAAUAAUGUUCAAGAGAGAGCUUUGGGAUACGGAUAGAUGUUGUGAAUGUGUUGAAUGUUGAUGAGCCUGACUUUUUCAUUUCUUUUCUUCCUUCCUUCAUUCCUUUCUUUCUUUCUUUCUUUCUUCAUUUUUGCCUUUUCUUGUUCCUUUGUCCUGAUCUGCUCUAUUUUCAUGUGCAAGUUGCAUGUAUCCGGGCUGCUGGAGGGUAUGAAUACCUUCAAGCUCUGACAAUAAUGAACAGAGUAACUCCGUAGUCGAUUUGCAAAACAACAACUUUAAGGGCAAAAUGCGGAGUUCUUUUGUUGAGAGCCUGGGACAGAUUUCGUCAUUAUUUAUGCUCUUUAUUACUCCCAAUCAUUAUUAUAAGUUAUUCGGGUUAACCUCCAAGGGACCCGUUAGGUUAUAGAAGUUAGUCGGGCAAAGCGUCGAACCUUCGAACCUUGGAACCCUUUGCGGGAUCUGUGACUCUGCGGCCAUGGAUUCGCGGGAAUUUUCUUCGGCAGGAUCUGAAACACAGAGAUUUAUAUACACACCCCCUCCUUUUGAUAGGAGCACCACCUACUAAAUUAUAAUAAUAGGCAUGGCUUGGUAAUUAAAUUCCCACUAAUUAAUACAUAUAAGAUGGUGCAACCACUGUAUGUAGUGGUUAAAAUAUCAAUGUUGUGCGGCCUCAGUCCCAUCCCUCUCUAUCCCCUCAUAUAAUCCUCAUCCACUCAAGAAUCUCACUCAUUCUCAUUCUUCCACAGGCUCUCUACUGUAAACUCUGCAGCUGUGUCAUAUACAGACUGCAAGCUGCUCUGACUGUCACAGUCAUAGUCAUAUCAGACAGGCAGACAGACAAGUGAUAAUUUGAACUUCUGUGUGCAUAUAAGAUUUCUGGCUUUUUUUUUACAUACUACUUAAUGGAAAAUCAAUUAAGUUACUAAUCCAAACUCAAUCAAAUUUAGUAGGGGUGCGCCUAUCAAAAAGGAGGGGUGUGUAUAUAAAUCCCUUGAAACAAGCUAGGAGGGCAUUUUCUAGGCGCCUUAUUAGAGCCCUGGAAGCCCACAACAGAACAUCCAGAAGCAUGGGAGGGAGGGGGAGAAGAGGCCCAAGACCCGUAAGAGGGAUGCACACGGCGUAUGGUCGAAUGAGCGGGCUGGAACAAGAGAAGAGAGGAGAAAGUGCUUCUAGUCUGGUUGUUAGGCGUGUCAGUAGCGUGUUCGCAGUGCUGGGGUUUGGAUGCAGCGUGUGGGUUUAUUAUUUCUUCCAGGGCCCCAGGGCGUAUACUGUACAGUACAUAGUGGAUAUAGCCAUAUCGGACAUGAUAUCUUGCUCGAGUUAAGCAUGGGAUAUAGCCGAGGACAACUUGGCACGCAAGCUUUAACAGGGAGUCAUUAGUUAUACAUGCCAAAGAAGAAUUUCGUGCCAUUUUGUAGUUGUGUGAUAUUGUUAUUUAUUAUUAUUAUUAUUAUUAUUUGCGUACAAUGUGCUGGUGAAAGACGAAUCAAUCAAUCAAUCAACCAACCAUUGAUAGAUAGAUAGAUGGAUCACCAACAGCAGCAAACAUCCUCCACCUUUCAUCUUCCAACUGCUGCACUCACUCACUCAUCCUCCAACCUCCUCCACCUCAACCUACCUCAACCUACCUCUGCAAAAAUCCUCAGCUUCACCCUUCAGCCAACACCCUCCUCCCAACUCCACCAACCAGUGUCGAGCAUCAGUCCGCCUCUUUCUCCCUAGGCUUUGCUCAGCGUCACAUCCCCCGACGAUCUACCAACUCGCUCCAACGCCCGCUAUAGCCCAUAUCCUCUCUCUCCUCCCCUCCCCCCGAGCCCGCUUCUGUUUCACAUUCACAUCCCGCCCGAUGUAGACUAUUUAGUAAUAAUAUCGGCACCGGUACUAGCAUUGGCUCCCCCCUACGCUACGUACGCCAUCGAUUAUCACCGGCUUCUCCCUCGCUUCCUUCCCCCCUCUCUCCUCUUUGAUCUCGCAUUCAACACCCACACUUCCAAUCUAGCACAAAGGAAGGGAAUAACUUUGAAAGAAUAAAAAAAUAAAAAUAAAAAAAUAAAAAAACAUGAAGCUGUUCAAGCACUUCCGUUCCAAGGGGAAGAGGAAAAGUGUGGACCACUACGGCUAUGAGCAGCACGAGAAGUACAGCAAUGAUCACUACAACCACCAAAGCCCUCAGCACUCCGGCUCCAGCUACGGCCCAGCCAUAGACUACACGCGAAACCUCCCGCCCGAGAUUCUCUCUAGGAUCUUUUCCUACGUCUGCCUCCAUGUCCUGGACGAUACUUACAACUCCUCUGAGGAGUCCAUGACAGACGAUGUCUGCAUGCUCUGUGACAUGCGGGACCUUGCCCACUGCGCAGUGGUCUGCAGGAAAUGGUAUCCUCCCGCUCAUCGUCUCCUAUACCAAAAUGUCCGUAUCGAUGCCGUGCAUUAUUGCGAGCUCGAGUAUGAAUUGUCUGCCAAACGGAAGAAGAACUCGUUCCUCGACCACAACUCGGAGCCACUGGAUGCGCCCAUGACGCGGUUGACGCUAUUCAGCAGGUCAGUGCGCGAAUCUCAGCGCAUAGGAAAACUCGUGCUCUCGUUACGGAUGCCCUAUAUGACUCGAGAGGCCGGUAAGCUAUUGCUGGCGCAGACUGUACUUAUGCUACCGAACCUACGAUAUGUGGACUUGCCUGCGGGUUUUUACUGCGAUGAUGAGUCAACGCUCAUCCUCAAGCAAACCUUGAUCGCCCGGUGUCCAGAUAUUCGACGGAUGAAGUAUACCAGGGGUUCAGAGAAAAGUUUCGCUGCCAUUCAGCCACCGGAUGAGAUGGACAAUGGGGAUCCGUUUCUGCAAAGCCGCCAACUGCGUCAGCCGCCCCGGCCACAGAUCAAAGUCUGGCCAAACCUCGAGGUAUUGGAGCUUUCUGGCCUGAGCGUUUCCAUUGACAUACUCCGGAACGUCCUGGUUCAAUUCCCACGCUUAACGGACCUGAAGCUGGAGGAAUUAAACGAGAUCGAACCGGUCUUAUUCAAGAAUUCGCCUUCCCUAAGACCCUUCCUACCCAUUGAGCGCCUCACCCUCAACAAUACCCCAGGAAUCACCGACCGCGCAUUCAUGAACUACUUCAGCACCAACCACAACAAACAGGCCCUGAAGCACCUCACCCUGUCCAACACCGGCAUCACGCCAAGCUGCCUCCACCACAUCCUCAACAACUCCCCCCAAAUCCACAGCCUCUCCGUCACCCAGUACAUCUCCGAAGGUUUCAUCCAGGAUAACGUCCCCCCGCUCGCCUCCCGUUCCCUCCGCCUCCUCCAUUAUGAAAUCACAGCCAGGACCGAAAACCACGCCGCCUACUACUACAAAUACCUCAUGUCCUCCCUCCUUUCCGGCUCCCUCCCAGGCCUCCUAGACCUCUACGUCCGCGACGCCAAGUUCCCAGAAAUGCUCAUGUACGCCUCCCUACCGCAGCUUGGGGCCCCUAACGGCGGCGGCCCACCCAAGGGCCUCAACCAGGCCAUGUCCGUCUACAGCAAGGGCGCCAACGAGGUAGAGUGGAACUUCACCGCGUACGAACCGCUGGAUAUUCCGGGCGCGGGCGGCGCUGGCGGCCGACGACGACGCGGCAGCUCAUCACGCCCCGUGAGUUUCCAUGGUGCACAGCUGAGUCCGGCCUGGGGCGACGAGGCGCGCAGGAGUGUGCUGGUUGGGAAUGGAGUUGGUGGGUUCCUGGCGCUUCCUGGGGAAGAGGAGAGGCCGAAGAGUAGUGGCGGGGCGUGGAUGCAUCGUCAUCACCGGCGGGAGGGGAGUAAAGGGGAUCUCUGGCGGUGAUUGCCCCGCGAAGCGCAAGGUGGGGGCUGGAUUGUUAGCGUUUUUCCCAAUCUGUUUCGGAUUUUCUCCUUUUUUUCUCCAACUCACUUUUUUAUUUUUAUUUUUAUUUUUACUUUACUCUUUCUUUUAUAAACCCAUUCCUUGCCCUAUUAUUUUUCCUUUUUCUUGGAUUAUGAUACUCUGUACGUUGGGCUGGAUCGAGUUUCGGUUGGCUUUAACUUGGCCUGGUUGAAAACAUGGAAUAAUGUGCAUGAGUGCAUGAGGUGGGAAGGAGAUAACACUGAAGAGAGAGGGGUUUGUUUUCUCUUUGUUUUUCUGGUUUUAUAUUCCCCCCACGUUUUUCCUUUAUUUAUCUGUUCUUUUAUAUCUAGGGACCUGGUUGUCCCUUGUUUUUUAUUUUAUUUUUUAUUUUUUUAUAUAUUUAUUCUAAAGCUUCCUUUCAUCAUUCAAUCAGAUCGCGCCUUUUGGAGUUUGGAUUUUUGCGAUAACGUGACCCCCCCCCCUCC